CGGGGCGCGAAGAUGGCGGCGGGGUCCUGGAGCCUUGGAGCGCCCACCGCCGAGCGCCCAGCGUCCGUGUGGACCGGGCCUGUUUCGGGCUUGGCGCUGGAGGGUUGGGCUCCGUUUUCCUGGGAUUGGCUACAAUGCGCAACUUAAUAGAAGCUGACUUGAAAUAGCUACCGAGGAGGUGCUUGGCACGGUGUGCCCACUCCGGGGGUUUCCCCGUUCCUUUCCAGAGGAAUGGCGUGCUUUAUUUCACCCCAGUGCUCCGAGGCGGUGGCCUUACUUCGGCAGUGGCCGGGAGGCCCACCCGGCGGGGUCCUGUCUUCGUGCCGGUGCCCUGGACCGCGCCGAGCCGCCGCCCCGCCGCCGGCGUGCGUUGGCCAGGUUGGAUCGCAGAGUUCAGAAUAGACUUGGCAUAGGUAACGGGUUCUAAGCUUAUAAGGACGCUUAUUAUAAGCUUGCUAUAAAAGUAACUGAUUUCUUCGGAAGGCGGAGGCACUGUCCACUAAAGGGUGCAAGAACAGACACCCCCGCUCCGGUUUUAAUUAGGCCUCAUUUCAUGAUACUGAAAUUUUUCUCUAGACUUGGUGUGGAAAGGUUUGAGUGAAACCCGAGUGUGUUGCUGGUACAGUUCUUGGUGAUGCACUGGCGACCGGUUUCUUUGGAAUGUGGCAAACUGGAUCAGUCGUUCCUCAGUUUAUGUAGUGUGGAGACUGGUGUGUGGACGGUCUAGUUGCAACACCUACAAGUCGUCGUUGUGUUAUGUGCCACUAUCAAGAUUAACAGUCUCGUGAUUUAAAUGUCAUCAGGUGACGUGGCUAGUGACAGAAUUUCUGGACUCACUUUACAUUUCGUUACAUUUCUGUGUCAGUGUAUCCUAACUUUAGGGAAGUUAGGAUUGUGAGUUGUGGAAACAAAGUUACAGAAGUAGUAACGUACUGUUUACAACUUGCACGUUUGUUGUAAAUUGUUAAAAGUCUUUGAAAUGGCUUAGAAGAAAAGCUGGAAAAACUGCUUAAGUGAUGCAGAAUGUAGGCCCAGGGGCCUCCACUUCCCAGUGCCUGGCCAGAAUAAAAUAGGAUCAAGAAGAGAACUAAUGAUACUGAAAUACAAUCAUCAACAUACCAAACCAAAUUGGUGAUGGAGUCCCAUCUGAGCCUUGUGUUAACUAUGUAAGCAGGCUGGGCAGUACUCUUAUUCAGUCCUUUGGGAGUAUUGAGGAGGUUUCUGUGACAACUCAAAUGACAUACCUGACAAUGGUCCUGCUGAAACUCUAGGACUUAUUUGUCUGUCUUUAUCAUAGAAGUGCUAAAUUUCAGACAGAAGUUAUUUCAGAUAAAGAUUUUUUUCCUCAUUCAGGUUCAAAUACCAGGUUAAGAAUGUCUGAAGUCCAUGUACUCUCAGCCAUCUCUUGGUAGGAAAAUGGAUGAGGUGUCCUUCUCUUCCUGGCAUGAUUUUAUUGGUCGCAGAGGUGACAAGGAAUUCAAGUAUCACAGCACAGCAGUGUGGGAUCAUCAGGGGUGAGGAAAGCAGCCACAGCCCUUGACCAGCUGUGCUGACUCUGAGAGGCUGAGUUACAAUUAGAUCUUGUAUAAGUGAUUUAAGAAGACGUAUAAAGUGGAAAUAUGUGUAAAAAUUUCUGUCUGGAAAUUGAUGGGAUGAACAUCUGAGGGCUGAGAGGCACAGUCAUUUGGUGGGCCUGGCCACAAAGGCUGCCUAGUGUCCUGCUAAUGGGACUGGAUACUAACUUGCCUGGCAGCCCCACAUUUUAGUUUAUCAGCCUCUGCUGGUUUAGUUGUUGUUUCUGGAAAAUUCACACGAAGGGCAGUGAGAUGCUACAGCCAAUGUGUUGUCCAACUGGGGGUUUUAAACUCCUGCUUUUCUGAAGCUCUGUUGUUCUGAAGGCAUGUCGUAAGGACUUGAUAAGGGGAUGGAGCAGCCCUUAGUUCUAUCCUUUUUUUUUUUUGGUGGGACUGGGCUUUGAACUCAAGGCCUAGUGCUUGCAAAGCCAGCAUUCUGCUUGAGCCACACCCCAAGCCUUUAACAUUUUCCUGGGAUAAAGGGCUACAACUUUUUCAAAGUCUCAAAAACCACUGAUCUGCCAGAUUAAGAGACAGAGCGUCAGUGAGUUAAUAAAAGUUUUGGAUUCAUUGGACUAGGGUGGUAGAGCUCGUGCUUAGUAUGCACACGGCCACGGAUUUGUUCUCCAGCAACCCCAUCCAGCUGAACUCAUUUUACUGUCCUGACCUUUCUCUAAAAUGAUGUGCCGUCAUCCCGACAGGUGAAGCCACCACCUGCCUUCCUCAUCAGGGUAAGCUGCUCAGCAUGGAUAGUUAGUGCCACUGUCUGGUGGAGAGCAUUUCUGCUCAGGGUGAUCCUGUCACUUAAAGGACUGCAGAGUAAAGGCAUCUCCAGCUCCAUCCCCUGAUUUCUCUGGUUCAGUUACCUACGGGCAGCCAUGAUCCAAAAAAUAUUAAAUGCACAAAUUCCAGAAAUAAGCCAUUUACACCAUUUGCUUCUGACUCAAGAUGAUUUGAUGUCUUAAAUAGAACUCUCACCAACCAUGAUGGCUACACAGACGUUAAGUAUAGACAGCUAUCAAGAUGGGCAGCAAAUGCAGGUGGUCACAGAGUUAAAAACGGAACAGGAUCCAAACUGCUCCGAGCCGGAUGCGGAAGUGAGCCCUCCUCCCGUGGAGUCUCAAACCCCCAUGGAUGCAGACAAGCAGGCCAUUUAUAGGCAUCCACUAUUUCCAUUACUAGCUUUGUUGUUUGAAAAAUGUGAACAGUCCACACAAGGCUCAGAAGGCACGACUUCUGCUAGUUUUGAUGUGGACAUUGAGAACUUCGUCAGGAAACAGGAGAAGGAAGGGAAACCUUUCUUUUGUGAAGACCCAGAAACUGACAACUUAAUGGUGAAAGCAAUCCAGGUCUUACGUAUUCAUCUUCUUGAGCUGGAAAAGGUUAAUGAACUCUGCAAAGACUUCUGCAGUCGGUAUAUUGCUUGUCUGAAGACGAAAAUGAACAGUGAGACCCUGCUGAGUGGGGAGCCUGGAAGCCCCUACUCUCCUGUGCAGUCCCAGGUUCAAAGUGCUAUCACAGGCACUCUCAGCCCCCAGGGAAUUGUGGUGCCAGCUUCCGCUCUACAGCAGGGAAACGUAACCAUGGCGACAGUGGCAGGUGGCACAGUGUACCAGCCUGUCACCGUCGUCACUCCACAAGGCCAGGUGGUCACACAGGCAUUGUCACCUGGGACAAUUAGGAUCCAGAACUCCCAGCUCCAGUUACAGUUGAACCAAGAUCUUAGCAUCCUACAUCAAGACGAUGGCUCGUCCAAGAAUAAGAGGGGUGUCCUGCCGAAGCACGCUACCAACGUGAUGCGGUCCUGGCUGUUUCAGCACAUAGGGCAUCCCUACCCAACAGAGGAUGAGAAAAAGCAGAUUGCUGCUCAGACAAAUUUGACACUACUCCAAGUCAACAACUGGUUCAUCAAUGCCAGAAGACGAAUUCUUCAGCCAAUGUUGGAUUCCAGUUGUUCAGAGACCCCAAAAACAAAGAAAAAAACUGCUCAGAACAGGCCAGUCCAGAGGUUUUGGCCGGACUCUAUCGCAUCGGGAGUAGCACAGCCCCCGCCUAGUGAGCUCACCAUGUCAGAAGGCGCUGUUGUGACCAUCACCACGCCCGUGAACAUGAAUGUGGACAGCCUCCAGUCCCUGUCCUCGGAUGGGGCCACCCUGGCCGUGCAGCAGGUUAUGAUGGCGGGGCAGAGUGAAGACGAGUCUGUGGACAGCACAGAGGAUGACGGGGGCACGCUGGCACCCACGCAUAUCAGCGGGCUGGUGUUGGAGAACAGCGACUCCCUGCAGUAGGGGAGCCUGCUCGGAGCCAGCGCACCUGACUUUCUCGUUUGCACAGCAAACGUUUUACACAGUUUUAUCUCUAGUAUGUUUUAUAUGUAGAUAUAGGAGAGUGCACUUUUGUAUUUCAUAGUAAGCUUAAAGGGCGUCCUUGACACGCAGCAACUUCUUCAAAUGUGCGUGUGUGUGGGUUUUUAAAGAAGUUCUUUAAAGGUUUAAAGCUAGAAACUUGAUGAAUGACAUCCCCUUUAGUCCCCAGUCAGUUAAGGAAUAGUGCUGCCAUUUCCUAAAAAUUAUGCAGUUGUAACUUAGCUCUGUGGUUUCAGCAGGUCUCGGUGGCUGCUCGGUUUGUGUGGCCCACGGAUUUGAAGACGCUGUGCACGUGAAGCUGCCGGUGUGAGUGAUGACAGCCCACUGUGGGCUGUUUGGCUUCUCGGUAUGCAUGGCGACUGCAGCACGCCUCAGUUCUCUUCUGGUCAGAGAGCCAGUUUCAUUUGCUAUGUAGAAAAAGAAACUCCUAUUUUUACCUUGCUGGAAUUAUUGGAUAAAAAGCUAUUUUUAUAAAUUCGUUAUGAAUUGGAUUAUGAUUAUAUUGAGGAUAAAAUUUGUAGAGAAGGAACACUACACACUUGUCUUUGGAUUUGGAACAUUUUUAAUUAUCCAAAUUUAAUGGCCUGCCUGCCGCUGGCUACCAUCGUAGGGUCUCCGGCUCCCCAGGGAGGUUUACCUUACCUGUGUGAAGAAAUGCCUAUCCAAUGAAAUGUUGUUUCUGUGUAAUGCUCAAUUGCGUUCUACAGUUGUUCUGAACAGGUAGCUAAAGGUGUGUGGUAAGUAGGACUCAGGUGAGUGAGGUACAGAUAGCCGGCCUUUAGUCACAGCUCUCACAUACUCCAGACUAAUUUCAAUUCGACUUCAGUUACAUGGUUGCUUUCUGUGUUAAACUGUGUGCUGUUUUAGAAUUAUUUUUAGCCAAAACAUGUUAUGUAUGUAUGUUUAUUAUAAACUAAUAUAAAGUGUGCUCUACCCCACUGGCUCAGAGCUGGGGUAAACAGAGACAUCUGUAAAGUCACACAGUGAGUUGAACUGUGCCGCUGUCAUGACAGCAGAGCCACUCCCAUUCUCCCCUGCGCCCACCCCAACCCGCAGCAGCUGUGAGGUUCUCCUGGCGCCCCAUGUUUUUGUGGUACCUCAUGCUGCAGAGUUCCCAGAGCACUCCCCCGACCUAAUCACCUGUUUCCUGGUGACAUGUAAGACAAACUGAAUGAUAGAUUGGGUUUGGUUCCCUUUGGUUCUGAGUUUUGUGGACUUCGGAGCAGGACUCUUUCUCUAAGAGAAGUCAGGCACUGUCUGUCCCCUCAGAUGGGGGCCCAAGGCCCCUCUGCUGACAAAGGACAGCUGUGAGGUUGGCAAAGUCACAGGUCUUGCAAUUCAGCAACAGUGAGUGGUUAUGGACCAAGGUUACAUUGAGGGGCAUUUCUAGCUAGUGCAGGACUUUUCUGGAUCUGACCCCCCACCGCAAAAACAUGUAUUAAUUAUUUAUGGGGGAGGUCAGCAAGCAGCUCAGAGAGAUUUCUGUAAGAUUAUUCACAAGCUUCAACUGAAAGAAAAACUUGGUUAGCAGCUUUUGGGGGGAGAAAAUGAUAUUUUUAAGCGUCCUUGCAUUCCUUAUUUACACUUUUUGCUAUUUUAGCCAGAGCUGUGCAGCCUAAGCAGCGUUUUACUUUACUUGAUGCCAGCUUUGUUGGACUUCUCAAAACUGGGUCCAUGGAAGCCGCCAGCUCCUCCUCCUCCCCCCCCUUCCCUCCCCUCUCUCCCCUCCUUCUUUGGCAGAGCAGGCACACAGCCACAGAUUGUAGACGCUUGUGGAAGCCCUCCUGUCUGCCCCCACCAAAAGAUGGUCCCAGCCCGCAGGUUGCACUGAGAGGAACAUGAGCAGUGUCUGUGUCAGGCUGCUCCAGCUGGGGCAGCUGUGUGUGCGUCACCCACACUGAGUGACGCAGUGUGCAUUCUCCAGAUGAAAUCCAGUUCCCCAAGCCCUGAACUCUCAGAGGCGAAAUUCAGAGGAAUCACAUAAAGAGCAAAAGAGAAGCCGGGUGUGGUUCGAGGCCAGCCUGGGCUACAUAGCCAGACUCAGUCUCAAAAAAAAGAUCCUACAUGAGCUGGCACUGGGUCCUGGCCUGAGUUUCCUUCAACCUGCAUGAAUACCUGAGGUCUCUUCAGUAACUUCCAAAUGGCAAGCUGUUCUGGCCAGUUUGUAUCUUAAAAACACCUGUUUUGCAGUCCUCAGUUUGUGGAAAGAAUCUGAAAGCAUAUCCCCUUCAAGCUUCCUCUUAAAUGUCAGAUUUGAUCCCACUGAACUUCAUUCUUGCUAAAUUCCUCCUUUAUGUUGGAGCCUUAAACUGUGUUCUGAGACUCCAUUUGGCCCCUUGUCUUUCCUGCUGUUUGGCUGCCGAGCAGAAAGCUAGACUGGCUUGCCUGCUGCAGUCCAGCUGGUGGGCUCAGAUAGUCCCAUAGGUAGAAGCAUUUCUACAGUGUGCAGAGUGAUCCUUGCACCUAGGACUUCAGGGCUCACUCUGUGACCUGCUGAGUGGCUGUUCCCACGUGUGUGAGGAAGCAGGGGGGUGCUCUCCUCUCUGGACAGCUCCAGCAUGCUAGCAGGUAUGUCAUCCAUCCUGAAGGCCAUCCCUGGCAAUCUGUCUCUUUUGGUUACUUUCGGUCUUUGAAACUGACAAUCUUUAAAAUGUGAAUACUGUAACAAUAUGUUUCUUGGAUUGUUGUCUUUAAAAAGGAUUUUUUUGUGAAGCAAUUGAUUUAUUGAAGCAAAAAAAUUAAAAAUAGA